AGGAUGAUGGUGAUGGUGAUGAUGGUGAUGAUGAUGGUGAUGGUUAUGGUGAUGAUGAUGAUGAUUAUAAUGGUGAUAUUAAGUUUAAAUCUUGUCCGAUGUGUUUACCCCUUUAUUAAUACUGUUGUCGCUGGUUGCCUUGGUAACCAGAGACACACCUUUAUGUGCAUCGUGGCUCAUGUUGCUGUGGUAACCCAGAUGUCUUUUCAGCUCUGGCAUUGGAGUUGCCUUUCCUGCAGACAAGACUGAGGGCGAGUGAGCUCACAGUGGAGCAGCUGAGGAGGAAGAGUGCAGUGCUGGCAGUCAGAGUGUGUAACACUGAGGGCCUGAUGAAGGAGCUGAGGAGGCAGAGCUCAGCCUUUGCCUCCAACAGUUCGUCUGGGUCUGAGGUGUCUGAGCGUCAGGAGGAGCUGAAUUCAAACACACCAGAUCAGAAGGAGAGACGGACUGAAGGUCAACAACUGAACAACCUGCCGACACAAAGUACAGGUAACACAGGUAACCUGUCGCGAUGCAGUCACUGACAUCGGGCAACACAGGUAAUCUUUAAUUGUUCUUUCAUUGUUAUAUAGGGUAUAUAUAUAUAUCUAUGUUCUUUCAUUGUUUUCUUUUAAAUCAGAAUUCUAAAUAAAGUCAAACCUGAUUUCAGUCCAGCAGGGGGCGCUGUCUGCGAUGACUUCGAGACUGAACAUCAGUGAGAAGCAGCUCGACCUGCUGUGGACUCAGAACACAGUCCAGCAGGGGGCGCUGUCUGCGGUGACUUUGAGACUGAACAUCAGUGAGGAGCAGCUAGACCUGCUGCGGACUCAGAACACAGAGCUGCAGGUCGGACUCCGAGCUUUAGAGGUCACAGUGAACCAGCUGCAGACUGAACGUGAAGUCCAGCAGGGGGCGCUGUCUGCGGUGACUUCGAGACUGAACAUCAGUGAGAAGCAGCUCGACCUGCUGUGGACUCAGAACACAGUCCAGCAGGGGGCGCUGUCUGCGAUGACUUCGAGACUGAACAUCAGUGAGAAGCAGCUUGACCUGCUGCAGACUCAGAACACAGUCCAGCAGGGGGCGCUGUCUGCGGUGACUUUGAGACUGAACAUCAGUGAGGAGCAGCUCGACCUGCUGCGGACUCAGAACACAGAGCUGCAGGUCGGACUCCGAGCUUUAGAGGUCACAGUGAACCAGCUGCAGACUGAACGUGAAGUCCAGCAGGGGGCGCUGUCUGCGAUGACUUCAAGACUGAACAUCAGUGAGGAGCAGUUUGACCUGCUGCGGACUCAGAACACAGUCCAGCAGGGGGCGCUGUCUGCGAUGACUUUGAGACUGAACAUCAGUGAGGAGCAGCUCGACCUGCUGUGGACUCAGAACACAGUCCAGCAGGGGGCGCUGUCUGCGAUGACUUUGAGACUGAACAUCAGUGAGGAGCAGCUCGACCUGCUGUGGACUCAGAACACAGCUCAGACCACUCUGCUGACUGGACUUUCUUCCAGACUGGAAGCUGCAGAGAACCAGAGCUCCGAGCUGGAGGUCAGACUGAGAGUCAGCGAGAAACAGCUGGAAGACCUGAAGACUGAAAACACAGAGCUGGAGGUCAGACUGAGAGUCAGAGAGAAACAGCUGGAAGACCUGAAGACUGAAAUCACAGCUUUGGGUGUCAGACUGAAUGAAUCCUUCAGUGGUCUUUCUCUCACAAACACAACUGCAGAUGACCAGAAGGUGGCGUUCUCAGCGGGUCUGACUGAUUCAGGACCAGUCGGACCGUUUGAUGAGGAGAGGACUCUGAUCUUCUCCAAAGUCAUCACAGACAUCGGCAAUGCAUACAACCAGACAACAGGUGUGUUCAGGGCUCCUGUCAGAGGACUGUAUUUCUUCAGCUUCACGGCAGCAGAUUACCAGAAAGGUUACAUGGGUCUCCACCUGUACAGGAACAAUCUACCAAUCAUUUUCAACCUGGACCUGAACGACCAUGGCGGCUACGCCUCCACAUCUAACGGUGUGGCACUGCAACUGGAGGCGGGUGACGAGGUCCGCCUCAGUCUGCCAGCCAGCUACCGACUCUACGAUGACGUCCGAAACUUCAGCGUGUUCUCGGGCUUCCUGCUGUUCGCCAUCUGAACGGUCCAAAGACGAGAGUAGGAGUGAGAGGUGAACAGACACAUGUAGCCGCUUUAGGAGAAGUCGAGAAGAAAGAACAGGAAAAACAGAACUUAAAACAAGUCUGAAGAUUUAUUCAACUUGACCUGAAAACAUAAAAAUAUUUGGAGCUGAACUUGACCUUUCCAUUACAACUAUUAAACCAAAGACCCUCUACAGUGUUCCUCUAACAUGUAAAAAAUGAACAUAAUCAUUCACAGUCUGUAACAGCUCAACAUAAUAAAUACAAACUGUCACCUGAACGCAU